AUGCCGGCCGUUCUCGGAAGGCCCUCGGUAAUUUUUUUUUCUCUUUUUUUUGUAGGCAAUCGAGAUCUCCUGGAGGACGCCAGCGGUGUUGUCAGCGCCGUGUUGGCAGAGGUGGCACAGCCAACGACCUCAGUCAUUCUUCUUACAGAUGGCACCAGCUCAGCAAGUGCCAUUUCGAAGGUCUUGCGGCAAGUAGAGGCACCCUAUGGAGUGGGUGUCUUUCAAGCAGCACCGGAAAAGUGGUUCGGAAACAGCACCCAGAAGCAGCUUUCAGAGGUGAUCAAGCAAGCACGAAAGGAACGUCUGAUGUCCUGGGACGUGUGUGUGGUGUUAGUGAGCGAAGACCCGGUUUUCCUCACUACCUUCGCCGACCUGGCACUUCGAGGACGCCUGCUGGUGUGGUCCACGAAGCUCCUGCUGGUGACGAGCGUGGCCCUCCAGCAACUGCGCGCCUUCCUCGGGGCCUACUGGGUCUUCUCCAUGAUGAACACCGUCGUGGUGGUUCUUCAGAAUGAGGGGCUGCUCCAAAAAUGGGACAUGUACAGCCAUCUACCCUAUUCCCCCGCCGGGCCACAGCUGGUGUAUGUGGCCACCUGGACGCCAGCUGCGGGUCUGAGGACUAGAAGUGGCCAUGAACUUUUUCCUGAAAAGUUUUCGAACUUCUACGGCGCCAUCGUCAACGUGACGGCCCUUCCCUUCCCUCCCUACUGGUCCGUCCUCGAGGAACCGUCAGCCUCGUCGUCAGGAAGGUACUCGGGCACAGACUUCCUGCUCCUCGAGGCCACGGCGGAGGCUCUCAACUUCACCUUCCGGGUUGUGCCGACGCAGACGUGGACGGAGGUCGCCGACCGGGUAGUCGAACGCGUGGCCUUCCUGUCUCCGAUCUUCCACAACGUCCUCCCGGCCCGCCUCGAGCGCUACGAGUUCUCCUUCGUCUACGAGUUCGGUUCCCUGGACUUCUCGAAGGCCAAGCCGGACCUCAAACCCCAGUGGCAGAGUCUCUACUACCCUCUGUCGAAUGGCGUGUGGCUGGGAAUCCUGGCGACGGUGGUUGUGGUGCCGAUAAUCCGAGCGGGCAAGCAGCGGGUCGCGACGGACCACGCAGCGCCGAGCGAGAGACACUCCUUCACCCUGAGCAAGGCGGUGCAGGAGGUCUACGGGCUGUUCCUGGGGCAAAACCUCUCGAGGGUCUUCUACACCAGCGUCAGGGCGCGUGUACUGGUAGGGGCGUGGCUGGUGUUCUCGCUCGUGGUUGGCACGGCUUACAGGGGCAACCUCACGGCGUCUCUCACCCUGCCUGUGUACCCGUCGAGGCCUGAGACGCUCGCUCAGCUGGUUCUCGUGGCUGACAGGAUCACGAUGCCAUCCUACGGCGCCGAGUUCAAGGCAUUUUUCGGGAAAUCGGACUCGCCCGUUUUCAAGAGACUUUCCGAACUCAUGCAUAUCGUGUCGUCUGUCGAGGAGGGGCAGAGGCAGGCCAUUGAGGCGAAUCAGGCCCACCUGGACACGAGGCGCUACCAGUUACUCCACAUCGCGCAGAAAUUCACCAACGCCGACGGAAGCACCAGACUGUAUAUAGGAAGAGACAGCAUUAUUCCCGGGCAGUCUGCUUGGCCUCUGCCUCACGACGCCCCCUAUCGGCCGCAGGUGGAUCGGUGCAUCAUGGCGGUUAUAGAGGCUGGCCUUUACGAGCAGUGGAGUCACAACCUCCUCAGCGAAGCCCGGCGAGAGAGCAGCAGAAAGCAGAGAGAACAAGCCAAGAGACAGGAAGAAGGAAAUGGAGAAGAGAAAGAAAUUGACAGCAGUAACACCGGACGUGCCAAGGCCCUCACCAUCGUGCACAUGCAAGGGCCUCUUUUGCUCUUGCUCUUGGGGUUGUGUGCGGCUGCGCUGGUCUUUGUUGUCGAGUGUGCGGCCUCGAAGUCCGUUCGGUUCUAAGUUCAUGGAGAGGAGGUGGAACUUGGGUUUUGUUAUUUAUUUUAUUGAAGAUACUGUUUUUUUUAAAUAUUAUUAGCAUAUUACUUUGUCUUACUGCGAACUCUGUGGUAACUGGUGAGCCUUGUUGAAACUUCCUUGGAUGCCAAAAUGUCGUUGUUUUGUGAAAUGUGCACGAAUGCGAGGAAUACACAACCCAAAAUAAUCCCUAUUAAAAUGUCGUAUAUCGAAACUGUAACCACUGGUAUCAUUAAACAAUAAAAUCUCAUGCUUUGGAUCAAGUUCCUGUCAAGAUGCGGCACCAUGACAGUGGCAGCGUAACUGAAUUAAUUAGCAUAAAAUGCAACAUGCAUGUCUGACUUCAUGACAGGAAAAUUGACAAUAUGUGAUGCGAGAGAAUUUUCGUGGCAAAUGUUUUAAAUAGGCAGCAAUAGUUGUGUUAUUUUGUUUUGCUAUA